UUCUCUCUAUAUCCACUCUUUAUAAAAUAACUUUCUCAUACAAACGAAUUAGUGGCAGUACAUAUACAACAUCAAUGGAGUCUGGGAAGAAUUUGAUGUUGCCACUCUCUCAUGAAGAUUCUAAACAAAAUGAAGAGAGACAGAGAAAAGUUUCAGCCAUGACAAAGAAAGGAGUCUUCGUUGCUUUAUCUUAUAUGGCCUCUUCUGUUCUCUUGGUCAUGUUCAACAAAGCAGCCCUCUCCUCUUACAAUUUCCCUUAUGCAAAUGUCAUCACACUUUCUCAGGUGAUUUCUUUCACAACUAGUGAAUCGCUGAGCGGUUCUAGCAAUUCAGCAGUAUUUGUGUCCUUUAGGACAUUGGCCCAAACACUUCCUCUUGCUUUAACUUAUUUGCUUUUUAUGGUAAGCACUUUUUUGUUUUGAGCCUUUUUCGUUGAGAAGAGAAGCACGAGUUUUCUCCUACAAGCAUUGUUUACACCUUUGUGAUAAUAGGUGGUGACGAUGGAAGCAGUGCGAGGCAUAAACAUUCCGAUGUACACCACCCUGAGGCGAACUGUAGUGGCCUUCACAAUGGUUAUGGAGUAUUUUCUGUCAGGACAGAUACAUUCAAGAGUUGUUGUC